CUUCACCCGAUAGGUUUCUGUUUCUUUUUCGAAAAGGACGGUCCAUGGCCGAUAAUACGUACGUGGAGACACGCUGGAAACCAAAGCGUUUUAACGUUUAAAUAGGUCUACUGUGUGUGAUGAAGUAAUUUGUAUUUGUAGUCAUUUGUAGUAUUUGUCCCCACGUGUUUUGUUUUAGACCGUCUACUUUGUGACUUCCUGGUUUUCCUUGUCUGACGAAUCUGCGUUUAAACGCUGAAAUGACUUUGGAAGGUUCGUUGGAUACGAGACACACUAAACUUCAUGAUGUCAUUUUAAUGUUCAAAACCAGAGCAAAGUGUUUUUCGCAAAGGACAAUGGAAGAGCAGCAGAUUUCGUAAGAGUUCAGCGAUGGAAAGUGGAAAUGUCGCUGCUUCGCUCAAAGGUGUUUUAUUACCUGUGCGGGACACUUCUGACAUCUUUGAGAACUCUAUUUUGGCUCCUAUUCAAAGUGCGUACUUGUACGAAGAGUCUCGACAGUCUUUCAGAUACAAGUCCGCUGUCUUGAUUGAGAAUGCUGUACUCGAAGAAAAGUAUAAUGCCUUCCGAGCAAAGAGGAGACAAGAAGGAUAUUCAGAAGAGGAUUUGAAGGAGUCCUAUGGAUUUUUGCUGUUUGAUGAUGUCAACAAGGCUCAUGCACUUGGAAGAAAUGGUGUUCUCACAGGAAACAGCACUUGCACAACUCUGGGAGAUCCCAUGAAGGGUAUUUACAUAUCAAUGUACUCUGACUGUUUGGAUCUGAAUCGCUGGUGUAAUGGGAAAUCUGGAUACAUUGUCAUCUUCAGGCUGACAAAGGGGAGAGUCAAAAGGGUUUUUGAAAACUACACACAGAAUCUCACACCACCUACUUUGGGAUUUGACUGCCACGUGUCCGAAGAGUUACCCUCAGUAUCAGCCAAAACCAGCUCUUUUCUUGCUUUUGAGAGAACUCAGUAUUACAUGUAUGAGCUGUUGGAUGACUGUAGCUGUGAAACGGCGAAAUCUCCCAGUGCUGCCUGUCCUUUUGCCAUUGUGUCGUUUUCAUACACGGACACCAAAACAACGCUUCAUGCACCACAUGAGAUAAGAGAGGAGAAAAAACUGGAUUUUCAUUAUUUGGCCUGGAUGGGUCAACUUCAAAUCGGUACCCAGUUCAUUGAUGUUGGGCUUAGGUCUGCAGCAGUUGCCUUGAUUCCUAUAAAACUUCCACCAGUUGUCAAAAUUGACAGAGUCAUAUACAUGUUAGAGUUGUUGCAGCUGUUGCCGAGGGCUGCUUUUGAAACCUGCUUGUCUGGUGAAGUCUUUCUGGAUGGCUUUUACUUAAGUCUGUGUGAGCUGGUUCCUUCUGAGACCGAAGAAAACAAAUCAUUCUCUCUGCUUUUGCAGGAAAUCAAGGAGAAAAAUCUUGCUCUCCCUGUUCCACUGAAUGAUGGUGGUUUUCUCAUUUUGUUGCACUCCUCCCAUUUCCUCAUGUACAAUGGGUCUGGGUCCAAGGCAACUGAGGUCAUGCAAGCUAUGUUUGUUUUUCCAGACUCCCGAUAUAUACACAGAGGCAGAAUAUCUGGACAGAGAAAGGGAACAGUGUCAUCUGAAAUCCUUCAAGUUCUGCCAGCACUAAAUUAUGCAGAGGGGGAAGUUGAAAAAACGCUGAGCUGUGAUUCAACUGAAGAGCUGUCUGGGGUUUUGGUAAAGCAUAUGCAGAGUUAUGCUGCGCUGAUUAAUCCUGGGUUGGAAUUAAGUCCCUCAAGGGAAGUUGGCGUCUUUCCAGAACAAUAUGACAUUCUGCCUGCCCACAAACACCUUUACUCAUCACCUGAGUGGACUAACAAGGCAUGGCACAGCUUGAGGUCAUACGUAAGCAAACCGGCCUCAUUUCAACUGUCAUUGUCAAAGGCUUCAGACAUCCUGGCAGUUCAACAAGACCAGCAAAGAUAUGACCUUGAUGAUGAUGUUUACAUCUGUCCAUCAUCACCUGAAGAGGCACAACCCACUUUAGUUUGUAUAGGGUCAGAAGACCAGGUGACGGAACAAAGAACUUCCGCAAAUGUUGAGACAUCUACAGACCGCUUAUGCUGGUCAGAAGAUCAGUUGACAGGGCAGAGAACUGUAAAUGUUGAGACAUCUAUGGACAAUUGUACAACAAGUAUUGAAACACAUGUUGACUUAACAGCUGGGCCUCAAAAUGAUACAUCGGAUGAUUUUCAACCACAAGAUGCAACCGGUGACUCUGAAAACUGGACUGUACUGAUCAAAACUGAUGGUAUAGCAGCAAAAGAUCCCUUGACUCCUGCGACAUCAGAUGAUCUUCCAGCAGAGUUAAUUGUCAGCAUCACUUCAGCUGAGCGAAGUGUUACUGAUGAGAGUUUAAGUUUGAUCAAUACCAUGUCAACAAUGAAGCAUGAGGACUUUCAGAUUUCAGGUAUUUCUGAAGCCAAAUUGCAAACUGCAGAAUUGAUCCAUCUGCAUGAUGAGAAUGUGGACAUCAAAAGCAAAGAUUCCCCUCAGGCCACUCACUUCAUUAAUGCAAAACCAAGGAAACUACGAAGGGGACAUUCCAUAGUUCUAAAAAGGGCACCUAAAGCUUGUUCGGAGACUCUCACUUUACAGACCAUCAAAAAAGCAGGUAGCAUCUCCAUGAGACAGAAAGAAGACCAGGCCAGGGAACUAAGCAGUCCUUCAAGUACUCAUUGGAAAAAAUUAAGAAGGCAAAGAUGGAAAUUUGGAAAACUGUCGUCUAAAAAUAAGAUUGUGAGAUGUUCUUCUGUUGGUUUGAGAGUGGCAGAGAAGAGAAAGUCAUCAAACAUUGGUCAAGGCUCACUUUUAAUGGAACAUGAAAUGUGUCCUCCCAGAAAGAAAAUUGAGCAUUGGGACUUAAAGCCAGUUGUCAGUGAAUGUGGAAGAAUCUUGGUCCCACAUGGCUCUCUAGUUACUGUUCAGAGACAAUCUUUAAAGGAUCAGCUUCGAUUUAAAAAUGAUGACCCAGAAAAAAAAUUGGUUGAUCCCUCAGUGAAUGCACGUAACAAAGUCGAAAUGGAGCAAGUCUCUUGCUCUGAAACAGCAGUGGAGGACACUGAGACCACAACAUCCAAGAGUGAAGCAAGUCAAACUGAAAAUCUGGCCAGUUUUUUAAACAAGGAACAUAUCCCGGUAACGCAUGGUGCAUUGCCUUUGAAUCCAAAACAUGGUCAGCAUUCCUCAAAGGCCGAUGUCAUAGACCGGCCUCCGUCAGAAGAACCCACAAAAAAGAACACUGAUUCCACCUCACCGCGAAAAUUUGCAUUAAAAGGCAAAUUACUGUUGAAUAAACUGUUGAAAUCAGUUCUCCUAAGGGGAAAGAGAAAAACAUGUAUGACAGACGGAUCUAAAGAUUCUGCAGAUAACACUGAGCCUUGUCUCAAGAAAGGCAAAGGUGACUCUGAUGCUGGGGUAGUGAAGAUAAAUGAUGAGGCUUUGAGUGGCCAGGACAAUGUGGUUGUCAAGGGAGUUUCAGAAAUGCUAUCGGUUGACCCUCUUUUUGCAUAUGCCCUUGGACUGACCCCUAUAGAGAAGCCAGAGGUACAGAAAAGUGAGGGUCAAGAUUGUCAACAAAGGAGAGUCUCAUCAGAGACACAAGAACAAACGAUUGUAAGCACACAACAACCUCAAAUUAUACCAUCGGCUCUCUUAAAACAACGUAGGACGAAAACGCUCAAAAAACGUCAAAGCGUCUCUGAAGAAUGUGUUAAAAAGACAUGGUGGUUGCAUUUUCAAACACCAGCUUGCUUAGACGCUGAAAAACCCAAGUACAAAGAACAUGCUAAAGAUAUUUCAGUCAUGAAGACUGUAAAGGAAAAUAUGAACAGUACUUGCUCAUCUGCAGAUGCUUUGAACUUACUUGCUGACUUGGCACUCAGUGCCAGUAAUGACCUGUUUCCACCACAAGCAACAUUUGGGAGAAAACCUGAGACAAAUAAGAAGAGGUGUGAACUUACAAAAGAUGUUGCCAGUGCAGAACAGGAGUCAGUUCUUCAUGCUCUUCUAAGGCAACCUGCUGCUAGACCCAUUCAGCCUCUUGAGUGUUCUUCAAGCCAUCUCAUGGGAGACAAAGAAAUGGUUGACAUAAUAUCCAAAGAACAUAAUUACUCAUUGCCCCUGUCUUCCCCUCUGGUGUUGGGUUUGUCAGGUACACCUUUCCAGGUACCCCCUUUAAGUGGUUCUACCAGGCUGCUGCACCAUUACCAACAGUUGUAUAGUAAUCGAACUGAAAAAGUACCCCCUUCUGUCUGUCAGGAAGAUGGGGGUGAAAGCACCCAUUGGACACAAGAAUCAAUGAAAAAACACUUGGAAUGCAAGAAGAAGUUUAGCCACUCUCGCAGUUUUGUCAACAAGUACAAAUCUGUUGAAGUCACAAGGCAAUGGAAAGGAAAAUAUGACUUUCAUGGCGACAGCAAGUUAGCAAGUGAUCCCAAGAGUAAAGGUGUCAUGCGAGCCUUGCAUGGGCCAUGGGACUUCACCAUUCAAGACACCACUGAAGACAUACGGCUCAUUGUCAACAUGUGGAUAGGUCUGUUUUACAGCCGGUCAACACCCAGAUUAUUUCACAUUGACUCGAACUUCACUAUCCCGUGUCCAGAAGAGAGUGAGUCUUUGGAAAUGUCCACUCAAACGGUACCAACACCAGUAAUGACUGAGCUUAAGCCGAAAGCCUUGUCAAGCAUAGCCAACGCUCAGGAUAACUCGGUUUCAAAUGCAGCCUACCUCAGCAAAAAAGAUAAUGUUGUCUUGGAUGAAGGAUCCAUGGUUUUGGAUUUGUCACUAAGGAACUCCAAUGCAGAGUCUGUCACUUCAGAUCCACGUAUCAACCAAGAAAAGGCCUCUGUGUCUGUUGAACAAAAAGAAGCAAGUGAAAAAUUGAGCACACUCAAGCCCUCCCUGGGACUACAGGAAGCAAGCACUCUACAGUGUUGCACAAGGGCAGACUCUACAGAGAUAACUGAUGAUCACAGAAGUCACUGUGAAGAUGACAAAACUUGUAUUCCUUCACAAAAAACUGGCUGCUGGGAGGACAUUGGUAUGCCAUCCUUAAAAGGAUUGUUCAUUCUGCCACAAGAAAAGAUGAAAAGUGUGUCCAAUUUGACAGAAAAUGACCCAGCUGCUUCAGGAAUUGGCCAUAUGCUACAUGGAUUUAGCAAAGGGGAGACGUGUAUGAAAGGUGAUGCCAAUAUUCCCCAAACUACAGCGAUGACAUACAUCCAACAUACAUUGGAUUCAUCCAAACACGGUAAAGAAAAAGAGUCAACAAUGGGAGGCAAAGAAAUAGAUCAUACAGAUGAGAAUAAUGAAAGUCAAACCAAAGAUGGGAUAAAUUGUCCAGAGAAAGAGAAUCCAUUCCAGGAAGCCAAAAAUGAACCAUCUCCAAAAAUGGAGAUUUGUACAGGUGAAGGUGCUGCUAACAAAGACUCUUCCUGCAUUGAUGGAAAUAGUUUUGAAAAGGAAAAGUUUUCAAGGGAGGAACAUAAAGCUACACCUACCCAGUCUGAAAAUAAUGUGGAAUUUUGGUCAGUCCAUGAAGGUAAACUGAUUAUAGAUGAAGAUGCAUUUGGAAGACAUGAGAUUGAUGCAAAAGACAUUUGCAUUCCAGCAAUGGAAACUGGCAAUGAGAAGUAUGAUCAGCCAUUACCUAUGUUGCAUGACAGCCCAGAUUCUGUUGAGAAGGAUGGUCCAACAGAUUGUAGCCUCCAAACACUAAUUCAUGAACAAGCACCUCAAACUGAAUAUUCCUGCCAUGAUUUAAACUUGGGAAAGAGUGCAUUGACAGAUAAACAUGUCAUUUCAGAAAAAGCCCCUCAUAUUCCAUGUGGAACAGAAUCCGUUAACAAGGACGCUGCAGUUGAGGAAACCCCUGAAAUCGAUCAUUGUUUGAAUGAGGGGGAACAUUAUCAGGAGGUAGCAAUACCAGUUGCUGAAGAGAGCUAUAGUUCUUUGGAUGGGUCCUGUGUAACUGAGUCAUUUCUCCUGAAAAAGGACUGCUUGGAAAUGGGAAGCAAAAACACGGUAGUGCAAGUCAAUCCUUUUAUCAGUAGUGACGACCAUGAAGUUGAGGAAACAAAAUCAGUUGUGAUACAGGGAAUGGAUGACAACACAGCUCGAGAAAAAUCAUUUCACCACCACUCUCCUCCACCACAAUAUGAGGUUAUAAAGAAGUCUGAAGAGGGAUUAACCAAAAAAACAAAUGUGGAAAUGGACAAAACAAAUGAGCACAUGGGAAUAAGUUCAAGCGUGGUUGUAUUUCCGUUUAGUGGUACUAAUGUGGAAGACACCACACACCCACAAGACAAAACUGAAGAUGUUCAAUGCCAGAAAGGAAUACCUUUUAUUAGUGAUGCUGUCAACCCUAACUUGCUGACUGAGGUAGGAAAAACACCUGACCUUUAUAGUAGGGGGAAAAAAUUGUAUUCUGAUAGAAUAUUCCCUUUAAAUGUUACUGAAACCAUCCAACAAAUAGUCUUUGGAAGUGAGUCUGAUGAAAGGUGCCCUACCCCAACUUUGGAUGAGAAGCCAUUAGAGUCCAUACCUAGAUCGGAUAGCAGUAUUGCAAAAAUCAGUGAAAACACUUCUCCAAGACAGCUCGACAUGGGCUCAAAACCUACAGAAGAUAAGAUGCUAGCUAAGCAAAAGCUUUGUCAAAAGUCCAGAUUUGAUUGUGAUCCCAGUCCUCAUUACAGUCAAGAGCCUGAUCUCGAGUUAAGAACCCUACGAGUUCUUCAAAGUGUAGACAAGUUCCUCUCCACAUCAAACCACGUCAACAACGCAUCCCAGGUUGAAACGGCUGUUAAUAAAAACGGUCUUGAUCAAAACCCUAACCUUAAACCUAUACCCGCUGGUUUAGAUCCAAGCCACAUUUCAAGGAACUUAAAGAACAAGAAGAUUUUGCAUUUACAACCAGUUGUGGUGUCAGCCUCUAAUUCACCUCUCAAAACUAAGUUAGUGGAAGUACUUGGUGUACAGUUGCAGUUAGACAAAAUGGACAUGUCUCUUCAAGACAGUUUUGAGAGAGCAGAUAAAUUACAGGGCUCCUCUACAGGGCAAGGUAUUUCUCCUAUCUGUAGAUCCCCUACUGAGGGUUUUCAAGCCAAGAAAGCAAAUGUCCCAGACAGGUAUAAAACGUCACAGUCCGGGUUAAAUCAUGAAUCUUUUUCACACAGUCGACGUCCCAUUGUGGCUGUCAAACCCUCUAUGAGUGAUGAAAGUCAAGCAGAUCGCAUCACCAAAGAUGGACACACUGAAUACCCUGCAGUGACCUACACUAUACCCAUCACCUUGCCAUUGGAAGGGUCAGAAAAUUUAAUGGGAAAUUCCAAACCGAAUGAUAAGCAAGAAUCAAAUAAGUCGUUCUCCAGAAGUAGUCACCUGUCAAAUAUCAACAGCAUUAAAGCCAACUUGGUUUUGCAAAAAAGCCCGCUUUUAGAUCAUUCUUAUCAGUACAAAGAACGGAACAAGACUUCAUCUCUAUCAGUGCAAUCACUGAAAUCAGCAAAAAAACGUAAAAGUAAGAACAACUCUGAGAUGAAACUCGAAGACUGCUCCAAAGCUUCAACGUCGAUUGUGGCUGCCAAUGACAAUAGUGCUAUAGAGGACAGUCUCAUCAAGGAACCUCAAACUUCCCUCACAUGUACAGUGUUUAACACCGACCAGAAGAGUUCGUAUUCUUUUCUGGAGCAGGUUUCCAAGAGAUGCCUACAAGAUGACCUCACACAAGCAUCAAUUGAACAGGAGCAUCUCAUCUUAUCAGAAAAAAUGAAGCAACUUUUGAAAAGGAAGAAGAGGACAACCACGGGCCAACAGGACACACAUGGCCAUUUGAAUUUGUCUCAUUCUAGUCCUGUGACAGUGUGCUUUUCUGGUCUAGAAGAUCAGGAGGAUUUGCUGGAUCUCAUAGAUGCAACGUCAAUUGCUGGACAAAAAAUCAAGGUAGACAUGUCCAACAAAACAGACAUGGCUGACUCCACAAAAGAAAAAGAAUUACCAGAGAUAGACAAGUUAAAAGAACAAGGUGGACUUUCUGCGGUGACUGCAAAAUGUGUGAGGUCAUAUGAAGCAAUGAUGGAUGAAGUUUGUUCUGCCAAGAAGGCCCAAUCUACACCCAAGCACUUCCAAAACAACAGAAAUAACAAAAAUGUGGAACCAAGUCAUCAUUUUGACAUCUGUGAUCAAAUGAAACGAAGGAUGGAUGAAAGCUUUCGAAGCAAUCUCAAUUCAGUUGUGAAGAAAUCCUGGAAAACAAAGUACAGAUUUUACAUACUGGAGACAUCUGACGACGACCUCUUUAAAGAAACAAAGGCACAGAUGGAGUCUGAGGGUCAUUCUGCUAUUCAGCCCACUGAGUUCUUCCAUGGUGAGAAUAGUUCUUCGUCCCUACUCAUCAUCCUCAGGAAUGAAGAUAUUGCAGAGUACAUCUCCAAGGUCCCACAUUUGCUCGAGUUGAAGAAGACACCAGGUGUGCAGUUUGCUGGAAUUGAUGAACCAGAUGACGUUGUGAAUCUCACCCACCAGGAGCUCUUCACGCAGGGUGGUUUUAUCAUGUUUGACAGAGCAGCUUUGGGGGACAUCAGUCUUUGCAACAUGAAAAAAUGCUCAGAAAUCUUGCAUGAGCUAAGCAAAACGGGGAAGUGGAAAUGGAUGGUACAUUACAGAGACAGUCGACAGCUGAAAGAAAAUGCCAGGCUGAGUGCAGAGGCAAAAGAGAAGCAAUUCUUUUUAAACUCUUGCCGAGACGCUGGGAUACUGGAGGUGUUGCCUUACCACGAGUGUGACACCAUGUCAAGACAUCAGCCCGACUACCUCACAUGUUUGGUUCGCUUGCAGGUCCAUAACAUAUCAGCCCGCUACCCUGUUUUUAUAACAGAUGCGACUACAGAUGGUACAUUUGGGAGAAAUGGAAUUUUCACUCUGACGGUGAACUCUUUCCUGACAAAUUCCUCAAGUGAAAUAUUUUUAUUCUCACCUGAAAAAAAUCCAAUGGAUGAUUCAGCGCACAACCAUUACAAGACUCACUGGAUGUGAGGACAAAACUGUCCAGAUAUUAAAUACACACCAGUGUGACUUAUGACUUUAUGCCUAACGAUGUAGGCAGCAAUAAUUAAUGUUUUAACAUUUUCUUUAUUUGUAAACGCGGUUAUCAUUCAGUUUAUGAUGCCAAUGCAUUUGCAGCUUUGUUGUGCAUAGCAUAUUUAUUUUGUAUGAAAUCCAUUCAUUUGUUUUGUAAUGUUUAAAUAUUUGUAAAUCUGUCAAGGAGCUUAUAAUCUGACUUUAUACAAGUGCAACACAAUUGUUUAUAGUGUUUGUUUGAUAGUAAUGUUUUCAUUGUGCUAUUUUGUAAACUUUGCAAUGCUUUGUCCGGUCCGUACAACAAAGUGAAGUUUGCCAGUUCUUAAUGAUGUUACAUUUUUACAGUCGCUAGUGUAUAUACUGUGAAGGUUAUUGUCCAUGAUUUUUAACUCAUGGCAAGCAAGACAAACACAACUAAAUUAUGAAUAUUUUGAAUUGUGUUAAAAAUCUAUGAGCAUACAUUUUGGUAGAGCACAAAUAAGAGUUCAGAGAAUAAAAUGUUUCAUUUCACUUCGAAGAAAAUGAUGAGCAUCUCACAAUCUUUUUGUGGUGCCAUAAAAUGAUGCUGCUACUACUUUAUCGCCUCAGUUGUUCUAUGAGGGACUAAAUGUAACUGCGAUUAUUAGCUCUUGUAUGACUUAUGGCUAAAAUUUCUUGAUCUUUAUCUAGUUUGGGAACCACAAGUUAAGUAACAGGUUUUAAGGACAUGGACACAGACAUGAGUGGCUGCAUUAGCCCAUUCAUGCAACUGUUUACACACGGGUGUCACCAAAGAAGAAUAAUUACAAGCUUGUGCUGAAUAAAUGACAAUAGACUACAAUGGAAAACUAUUUGUGCCUAAAUUUCACCAGAAGAGGGCGUCACUGGGAGUAAAUAAAGUGUCUUUCACAACAGUGACUGCAGGCAUUGUAUUUAUCAUUUUACAGCAAAAGCAGCAUUCCAAUUGGUUUGAUCAGUUCAAAUAUCUAUGCAAAUUAAUAUGUUAAUCAAGUCUAAUCAAGAAAUGAUUGAUUGUCAUUUGACACAGUGAGCAGUUGUUGAAGUAAACGAUAAAAUAAAGUGUUAACAGCCUGACAGAUGCUGCAGGCAAUUGUUCAACCCCAGGAUUACUGUCUGCAUAAUUUGAUUUGAUAGAAGAUAAAUAUUUUUUUUUAACAGAACCUCUAACUGGUGGCGUCUCAGAGAAACUGCUUUGUCUCCCCCACAAAGGCUGUACUCCUCUAUAUACCUCAAUCCUGUUAAAAUUCAAUAAAAAUCAUUUUAAAACAA